AUGUCUCUCUCGGUGAAAGGAAGAUCUGCCAUUAUCACUGGAGCUGGCUCCGGUAUCAAUCUCAGUUUCGCCAAAUUGCUAGUGGAAAACGGCUGCAAUGUCCUAAUCGCAGACCUAGCCUUGCGUCCCGAGGCGCAAGUGCUAGCCGAUAAGCACAAGACCGGGCCCGCACGAGUGGUCUUCCAACAGACUAAUGUGAUUGACUGGGUCCAGCUCGAGCAGAUGUUCGAGGUUGCGAAGAAGGAGUUCGGCGAGAUUGAUAUUGUUUGCCCGGGCGCGGGAGUCUACGAGCCGAACUGGAGCAACUUCUGGCGCCCGCCUCACUCAGCUGAAAGCAAGGACCUGGCCUCUGGCGGCCGAUACGCUUUGAUCGAUAUCAACAUCACCCAUCCGAUCCGCACGACGCAGCUGGCGAUUGCCCAUUUCCUUAACAACCGUACCAGCGGUCGCCCGAAGCAUAUCGUUCAUAUCUCCAGCAUUGCGGGCCAGAACGCGAAUCUCGCAGCUCCAAUUUACUGCGCCACGAAAGCCGCCGUCAACGGCUUUGUGAGGUCGCUCGCCGACCUCGACAAGAAGCUUGGCAUCCGAGUCACAGCCGUGGCUCCCGGUGUUAUCAAGACCCCGCUGUGGACUGAUCAUCCAGAGAAGAUGAAGAUGGUUGAUGAUAGUACUGAUUCGUGGGUGACGCCUGAAGAAGUGGCGGAGGUGAUGUUGGCGCUUGUGCAGCAAGAACAAGUGGGCGAGAUUAUCGGGGAUCGCUCGGGUCGUGGGCCGCAGUUUAAGGUGGAGGGAGGUACGAUUCUGGAAGUUUCAAAGACGGUGCGAGCUGUCGAACAGUUCAAUGAUCCUGGCCCUGGUAAUCGACCUGGAAACACGGCGUCGGAUCAUCAUGCGGUUGAGGAAGAGAGUUAUCAACUCAUGUCGCAGAAAGGCUGGGGAUUGUCGAAGAUAUAA